GUCGACUGAGAGGCGUUCUGGUUAGGAAGGCGAGGUUAGAGGUCGCGGGUGCAGAAAGCGUUCCUGCCGCUGGCCUAUUCGCUAUGUAGCGGAGGGGUAGGCACCCUCCGCCACGUUCUGGAAGGUUCUUGGGCUCGACUAGGGCAGUAGACCCAGGAUUUCUAGUCCCCGGCUUCGGGUCCUUGCCGGCUGAGCGGAGCCGCCGCCGCCAUGUUUGGCUGCUUGGUGGCGGGGAGGCUGGUGCAAACAGCUGCACAGCAAGUGGCAGAGGAUAAGUUUGUUUUUGACUUGCCUGAUUAUGAAAAUAUCAACCAUGUUGUGGUUUUUAUGCUGGGAACAGUCCCAUUUCCUGAGGGAAUGGGAGGAUCUGUCUACUUUUCCUAUCCUGAUUCAAAUGGAAUGCCAGUAUGGCAACUCCUAGGAUUUGUCACAAAUGGGAAACCAAGUGCCAUCUUCAAAAUUUCAGGUCUUAAAUCUGGAGAAGGAAGCCAGCACCCUUUUGGAGCCAUGAAUAUUGUCCGAACUCCAUCUGUUGCUCAGAUUGGAAUUUCAGUGGAAUUAUUGGACAGUCUGGCUCAGCAGACUCCUGUAGGUAAUGCUGCUGUGUCUUCAGUUGACUCAUUUACACAGUUCACACAAAAGAUGUUAGACAACUUCUACAAUUUUGCUUCAUCAUUUGCUGUCUCUCAGGCCCAGAUGACACCAAGUCCAUCUGAAAUGUUCAUUCCGGCAAAUGUGGUUCUGAAAUGGUAUGAAAACUUUCAAAGACGACUAGCACAGAACCCUCUCUUUUGGAAAACAUAAUUUGAAUAAAAUAAUUUUUAAUGGA